AUGAUUGAUCCCAAAUUUGAGGUUGGGCAGAUUUUUACUUGUAAGCAGUUGUUCAUGAAGGCAUGCAAGAGCCAUGGAGUGGUUCACGGAAGGAAGAUAAAAUUCAGUAAAAAUGAUGGCAGAAGAGCUACAGCUUAUUGCAAGGACUGUAGCUGGAAAGUUUCUACAGCUGUUAUGCUAGACAAAAAGACUUUUCAAAUCAAGAGCAUGCAAGGUAAACACAGUUGUGGGAGGACAUUUGACCACGGACUAGCAAAUUCAACUUUUUUGGUUGAUAGAUACAAAAAGGAGUUGGCUGCCAUGGCCGACAUGAAGGUGAAUACGCUCACAGAUAAAGUGAAGACUGAUGUUAAUGUCAACAUCUCUAGGUGGCAAGCUUAUAGAACUAAGAAAAAGGCAGAGAGUUUAGUUAAUGGUGAACAUGAAGCCCAAUACAACAAACUAAGAAACUAUUGUAGGGAAGUAAAGAGGGCUAAUCCUGGCUCAAAUGUUUUCAUGACCACUGUUGAAGAUGAUGAGGGAGAAGAUAGGUUUGAGAGGUUGUAUAUUUGUCUCAAUGCAUGCAAGACAGGCUUUUUAAGUGGUUGUAGGCCUGUUGUCGGGUUAGAUGGCUGCCAUCUUAGAGGGCCCCACAAGGGUGUGUUGCUUACAGCUGUAGGAAUUGACCCCAAUGAUCAGUUGUACCCCAUUGCCUAUGCUGUGGUGGAAAUAGAAAACAAGCUGACUUGGAAAUGGUUCGUAGGUGAAUUGCUGAAUGACCUCCAAAUCAGAGAUGAAAAUCAUUGGACAAUUAUUACUGAUAAACAAAAGGGACUGAUUCAAGCUAUUCAAGAGUUGCUUCCAGAUGUGGAGCAUAGGAUGUGUGUGAGACACAUGUACAAUAACUUUAAAAAGCUGCAUGGUGGUUUGGCAUUAAAGGAGAGAAUUUGGGCACUUGCAAGAGCUCCUUACAAAAAUCUGUUCAAGGCUUUGAUGGAAGCUUUGAAAGCAGUUGAUGAGGGUGCAUUUCAAUGGUUGGUUGACAACACAACACCACAGCAAUGGUCCAGAGCUUACUUCAGAACCUCCCCUAAAUGUGACAUUUUAUUGAACAAUCUUUGUGAGAGUUUCAACUCCAGCAUUUUAGAAGCAAGGGAGAGGCCUAUACUAGGUAUGUUGGAAACAAUACGACUUUAUUUAAUGGUUAGAAUGGAGAAUAAGAGGGAGUGGAUGCAGAAGUAUACAGGAAAGGUAUGUCCCAAAAUUUUAAAAAAGUUGGAAAAGGUAAAAACUGCUUCUAGUGCAUGUAUAGCUACACCUUCAGGGGACUGGAAUUAUGAGGUGAGAUGUAUGUAUGGGGAUAGGUACACUGUGAAUUUGGCUAGCAGAACUUGUAGUUGUAGAAGGUGGGAACUAAAUGGCAUUCCUUGUGCUCAUGCAAUAAGUGCCAUUGCUUUGACAAAGGAGUCUCCCGAGAACUUUGUUCAUGAAUGCUACUCAAAAGAGGCCUAUAUGAAGGCAUAUGGGCCUAUAAUAUAUCCUCUCAAUGGUGAGCAUUUGUGGAAGGAUUUGAAACAGGGGCCUGUCCUACCACCUGAAACCAUCAAGCUUCCUGGCCGGCCAAAGAAGGUAAGAAGAAAAGAGCCAGAUGAGCCACCAGCUACAACAACUUCUCAAGGACAAACAAAGAGACUGUCUAGAGUUGGUCUAAUGGAUUAUAAGUGCAGAAAGUGUAAACAGAAGGGCCACAAUAGUAGGAAGUGUCCAAGCAGUCAUGAUCAAGAGAAUGUCCAGCAACAAGCUACUGCGAUUACAAGUAGCUCUCAAUCACAACAGCAGACUCCCAACACUAUGAAUCCUGGUGCAAACAAGCAGUCCCAACCUCAGCAGUCCAAUUUCACACCUGAAGCAGUUUUUGGUGCAAGUGGCUUGGAGACUGAUACAAAUGACCAAGUCUUUUCAUGUUUCUCUAUUUGUUCAUACUAA